GGAAAAUUAAAAUCAACGGCUUAGAGUCAUCACUCAGCAAUCAGAAAGUCUGCGAUCAUACCCAACGGCUAUCACUUAAUUUAGUCAUCAAUCCUUGGCCUAAAUCUUGUAUUGUUGGAUGCUGCCUAGGGUUUUUCGCCAUUCCACUUCAAUCAUUUAACAAAAAUUAGACUCAAACAGCUGAAUUUGUCGACAAUAUGGCUGUAGUUGAAGAGUCGGAGGAGGAAUUUAAACCCCAGAAGAAAAAACCAGCUUCUGAAGAUGACAAUAGGAGAAAGAAAAUUACCCCUGGUAGUUUGAUGAAAGCUCUCAUACGGCCUGGAGCUGGUGAAAAAACACCUACUGAUGGUGAUCAGGUUAUAUAUCAAUGUACUAUCCGUACACUAGAUGGGGUGGUUGUUGAGUCCACCAGAGCGGAAUUUGGAGGCAGUGGCAUCCCAAAAAGGCAGGUUUUAGGGAAAAGCAAGAUGAUAUUGGGAUUGCUGGAAGGCAUUCCAACAAUGUUGAAUGGUGAAGUUGCAAUGUUCAAGAUGAAGCCUGAGCUGCAUUAUGGUGAGGGGGAUUGCCCUGUUCCAGUUGCUGAUAGCUUUCCCAAGGAUGAUGAACUUCAUUUUGAGAUUGAGUUGAUUGAUUUCUCUAAAGUCAAGGUUAUUAGUGAAGAUUUAGGCGUCAUAAAGAAGGUGAAGGAAGAAGGACAAGGUUGGGAACAACCUAGGGAACCCUAUGAAGUUAAAGCUUGGAUUUCAGGGAAGUCAGCAGAUGGAAAAAUAAUCUUUUCACAUACUCAAGGGGAACCAUUUUUCUUUACUUUUGGAAAAUCUGAGAUACCAAAAGGUCUUGAGAUGGGAAUUGGAACAAUGGCACGAGGAGAAAAGGCAGUAAUUUAUGUCACCAAGGAGUAUUUAUCUGAGUGCUCUCUGAUUCCCUCAAUCGAAGGUAUUGCUGAAAUCCACUUUGAUGUGGACUUGGUACACUUUGUCCAGGUGCGAGAUGUGCUUGGAGAUGGACGCUUAAUAAAACGCCGUCUCCGUGAUGGAAGAGGUGAAUUUCCAAUGGAUUGCCCUCUUCAUGACAGUCUGUUACAUGUCCACUACAAGGGGAUGCUUCUCAAUGAAGAAAAGACUGUUUUCUAUGAUACCAGAGUUGAUAAUAAUGGCCAACCGUUGGAGUUCAGAUCCGGGGAAGGCCUUGUGCCGGAAGGGUUUGAAAUGUGCACCCGACUGAUGUUGCCUGGGGAGAUAGCUCUGGUCACAUGCCCCCCUGAUUAUGCUUAUGACAAGUUUCCAAGGCCAGAUAAAGUUCCCCAAGGUGCUCACAUCCAAUGGGAGAUUGAGCUGCUUGAUUAUGAGAAGCAAAAGGACUGGACUGGUUUCAAUUUUAGAGAAAUAAUGGAUGAUGUUGAGAAGAUUAAGGGCACGGGUAACAGGCUGUUCAAAGAAGGCAAAUAUGAACUUGCCAAGGCAAAAUAUGAGCAUGUGCUAAGGGAAUUUAAUCAUGUCAAUCCUCAAAAUGAUGAAGAGGGAAAAGAAUUCUCAGAUACAAGAAAUUUGUUGCACCUGAACGUCGCCGCCUGCUUGCAAAAAAUGGGUGAAUUCAAGAAGUCAAUUGAAGCUUGCAAUAAGGUGUUGGACACCAACCCCGUUCAUGUCAAAGCUCUUUAUCGCCGUGGAAUGGCAUACAUGGGUGCUGGGGAUUUUGAAGAAGCUAGAGCAGAUUUCAAUAAGAUGAUGACCAUUGAUAAAUCAUCGGAGUCAACCGCAAAGGCAGCCCUCCUUAAACUUAAAAAGGAGGAGCAGGAAAUCCACAGAAAGGCUCGUCAACAAUUUAAGGGAUUGUUUGACAAAAAACCUGGAGAGAUUGCUGAGGCUGGUGGUCGGGAUCUGGGAGAGAAAGAGCCUGAUCAAAGCCAUGAUCGGGAUGCUUUAGAUGGUGAAAAGGAACAUCUUCUUGAGGCAACUGCUCCACCACCAGCACGCACCAGCUUAUGGUCCAGGUUAUGGCCUAGUGGGAGAAGACUUUUUACCAGUCUGGGAUUGGACAGAUGUACCAUAUUGUGACAUUGGAUCUGGAUCUGGAUCAUCCUUAUGAAGCCCAAAUCUCUUGAAAGAUUUUGUUUGUUGUUUUCCUGUUUCAAUUCGUUGUAUAACAUUCCUCGAGACUGCUGUCCAUCAGAAGGGGGAGAAUUAACAUAAUCAAAUCAUAGAAAAGUUAAUCAUAUAAACAGUGUCCUUCAAGGUGUUGUACCUUUUGAGUCAUUACAGUUCUUUAUGUCUUCUCUUUCCUCCUGAAAA